CAGGCUAUUCUCUCUCCGAAUUGGCAAGUCAUUUCUUUCUAUAUAUCCCACAUCAAACAACCUUAGCCCCUUAGACCUUUGUCUUUGCUUUUUCCAAGAAGAGAAAAGAGGAAAAAUACAGGACUAUAAAAUAUUGUGGUACAUACAAAGAGAGUAAGCUGCACUAAGAAAGAGAGAUGGGUAGACCACCUUGUUGUGAUAAACUAGGGGUGAAGAAAGGACCCUGGACUCCUGAAGAAGAUAUUAUGUUGGUCUCUUUUGUUCAAGAACAUGGUCCAGGGAAUUGGAGGACUGUUCCCACUCAUACAGGGUUGCGCAGAUGUAGCAAGAGCUGCAGGCUAAGAUGGACUAACUAUCUCAGACCAGGAAUCAAGAGGGGUAGCUUCACUGAUCAAGAGGAGAAAAUGAUUAUCCAGCUUCAGGCACUUUUAGGCAACAAAUGGGCUGCCAUAGCUUCAUAUCUCCCGGAGAGAACAGAUAACGACAUAAAAAACUAUUGGAAUACUCAUUUAAAGAAGAAGCUGAAGAAGCUCGAAGCAAACGAUUUAUAUUCCAGCGAUGGACACUGUUUAUCAUCUAUAAAGUCAGCCUCCAGAGGCCAAUGGGAAAGGACACUUCAAGCUGAUAUAAACACAGCCAAACAAGCUUUACAAAAUGCCUUGUCACUCGAUAAAUCAAGUCCAAUUUCCGAAUACACUAUCAAGCCCAUAAAUAUUGACUGUUAUCCCUCAUACAUAAAACAAGAAGCGAAAAUGUCUACUUCUACAUACGCAUCAAGUGCUGAAAACAUCGCGAAAUUACUCAAACAAUGGACUAGAAGUGAUUCCACAAAUAAUUCUGAGCAAUCAAAGGCAUCGUCGAGUACUCAAUUCUCUUGUAAUACUACUAACAAUACUAAUGCCAUGACGGAAUAUUCAUCAUCAUUUGAGUCAUUUGAACCAUCAAAUUCAGAUCAAUUUUCUCAGGCUACGACACCUGAGGCUGCUGGUAAAUUUUAUGGUGAAAGCAAGAGAGAAUUGGAUAAUGAAGUACCAUUGUCAGUAAUGCUGGAGAGUUGGCUGUUUGAUGAAAAUGACGAUUUAUUAAUUUAGAAGGAUUUUUUUUUUUUUUUUUUGGCUUUUCCAUUUGGGGGAUUCUAUUUUGUUGCAUUAUCCUUUUUUGUUUGUUACUCCUAAGUCCCAAGUACUAGAAUUUUAAUUUUUGACUAGGGAUGGAUGUGACGUCCCCAUUCUUAUUCUUUUGUCCGGUACAAGGCUUUUAACAUUGUGUAUAUUUUAGCUUAAUUGAUUACUCAAUUAAGCCAGAAGGAUUUUGUGCUUUGCUAAUUAAGAGAGCUAUUUAUUCUCUAA